CGCGGGGCGGGGCGGCUGCGGGGCGCUGCCGGGCGCGCUGCCCCGCGGCACCAGGGGCGGCUGCCCGCGUCCUCCCCGGCAUGGGGGUCGGGCUCCGGCUGGGACCCCGCGGGCGGCGCUGACCGGAGCUGCACCCGCCGCUGCCGCCGCUCCCUCCCCCGCAGCCCCUCCAGGGGGAGGCCGGGCGGCGGCGGCCGGCGCCCGCGGGCGGGCGGCGCGGGGCUCGGCGCGGCGGGGCUCGGGACCCGGAAGCAGAAGCGGGGCCAGGAGGUGGCUGGAUGGGAAGGAGCGGCGGCGGGCGGCGAUGGGGGAGCAGCAGAGCUCGCUGAACGCGCCGCGGGCGGCCGCUGCCGCCGCGCCGCCGAGCCCGGCCGGGGGCCCGCGGGAGCCCGGCCCGGACGAGCCGCCUUCGCUGCGAGAGACGGUCCCGGGCGGCGGAGUAGCCGGGCUGGGGCGAGGCGGGGAGCUGGGGCCGCCCGCCGCCGACCCCGAGCGGCGAGGGGCUGAAGAGGAGGCGGAGGCAGCGGCCGGGCCGGAGCAGCCGCCGGGCGCGGGGGAGCCGGCGGCCCCGGCGGAGGAGGGGCCGGAGGGAGGCAGCGGCCGCCGCCGCCCCCCCCGGCGGCACGUGUACUGCACCGUCUACUGCGUGGAGAACGACCGGCCGGCGGCCGCCACCGGCUCCCCCCGCGGCGGCCCGGGCGCGGGGCAGCCCCCGGUCCGGCGCGGGGUGGUGCCGGGCGACGACCCGCUGUCGUCGGGCGGCAGCAUCGAGGUGGUGGACUUGUACCUGCUGCCCGAGCCCUUCUCCGGGCUGAUCGCCGGCGAGUUCGGGCCACUGCUGGUGCUGAGCUGCCGCGUGUGCCUGGAGGAGAAGCCCAUCAAGCCCCUGUCCUGCUGCAAGAAGGCGGUGUGCGAGGAGUGCCUGCGGCGGUACCUCAGCUCCCAGGUGCAGCUGGGACAAGUGGAUAUAAAAUGCCCUAUCACAGAGUGCAGCGAACACCUGGAUGAAACAACUGUCCUCUAUAACCUGCCCCAUGAUGACAUCAUCAAGUAUAAAUAUUUCCUGGAACUCAGCCGCAUUGACUCCAGCACCAAGCCAUGUCCUCAGUGCAAGCACUUUACAACCUUCCGGAGGAGAGGCCACAUUCCUACCCCUGCCAAAUUGGAGAACAAAUACAAAAUCCAGUGUCCAUCUUGCCAAUUUGUUUGGUGUUUCAAGUGCCACUCUCCCUGGCAUGAAGGCGUUAACUGCAAAGAAUACAAGAAGGGAGACAAGCUGUUACGUCACUGGGCCAACGAAAUUGAACAUGGGCAGAGGAAUGCCCAGAAGUGUCCAAAAUGCAAGGUGCUUCUGGAAAACAGGGCAGCUGUGAUACAGCAGGCUUUCUCAGGGUGGAGAGGGUUGCUUGGUCAUAAGGGAUGCUUUUUGCAUCCCUUCUCUGGGGCAAAUAUCCACAUCCAGAGAACCGAAGGGUGUGACCACAUGACCUGUUCACAGUGUAACACUAAUUUCUGUUACCGUUGUGGGGAGAGAUACCGCCAGCUCCGCUUCUUCGGAGAUCACACGUCAAACCUCAGUAUCUUUGGAUGCAAAUACCGCUACCUCCCCGAGAGACCACAUUUAAGGAGAUUAGUGCGAGGCUCUGUUUGUGCUGGAAAACUACUCAUUACACCCCUAAUACUGGUUCUGGGACUGGCACUGGGAGCCGUAGCUGUUGUAAUAGGUUUAUUUGUGUUUCCUAUCUAUUGCCUUUGUAAAAAGCAGAGGAAAAGGUCACGGACAGGCCUGUUGGAAACCCAGUCGUUGCAUGAAGCAGAUGAAGAUGUGGUCGCUGACGUUGAUUUCACCAAUAUGAUUUCUGAAGAAGAAAAAGAAGAGUUAAAGAUAGAGCUAGCCAAGCUAGAGGAUGAAAUUUCAACUUUGCGGCAAGUGCUAGCAGCCAAAGAGAAGCACCUGGUGGAAAUUAAACAAAAGCUUGGCAUAAGUCUGAUGAAUGAACUGAAGCAGAACUUUAGCAAAAGCUGGCAUGAUGUGCAGACAACUUCCGCUUACAAGAAAACACAUGAGACCCUGAGCCAUGCAGGACAAAAAGCAACAGCAGCUAUCAGUAAUGUAGGAACAGCUAUCAGCAAGAAGUUUGGAGAUAUGAGAUCACAUUCAAUUAGCUACUCUAUUCGCCAUUCCAUAAGCAUGCCUGCAAUGAGGAAUUCUCCAACUUUCAAAUCAUUUGAGGAGAAGGUUGAAACCACUGUCACAAGCCUUAAGACCAAGGUUGGUGGGACAAGCCACACAGGAGGCAGUUUUGAAGAAGUUCUCAGCUCUACAGCCCAUGCCAGCGCUCAGAGCUCUCUUGCUGGUACCCGACUUCCUGAGAGUGAAGAAGAGCUUCAGUGUUAAGCUUCAGGCCCUCCUGAGCCCCACAUACUUCUCUUCAGAGACUUGCCCAGACGGUGAUUUGCAACCUUCUCUCACCACACAACUUGUGCAACAAGGUUUUGUCAGCUUUGGAAAACUGCCUCCCUGGCCUUGUGUUGGAGAAAUGUUUCCUCUCCCUUUUUCUGUUUUAGAUGGGCCGUUUUAGCGCCAGGUACUUUGUACAUCAUCGAAACCACACACCAGUCAUUGGCUAUAAUGCACUAAAUUCUGUGUUAAGUGACUAACAUAGUUUUCAUUUUCACAUGACUUCCCUCCAACAGUCUCCCAGUUCCUGUUUCUUUUCUCUUUUAGUUUACUCUUUUGUAUGUGUUGGUUUCUGGAUCCCCUCUCAGUGCCACAUCAGACAGAUGGACCUAGAGCUGUGCUAAGCUUUCAGCUGCCAGCAGCAGCCCAUACACCAGCUGUCUACCAGCCAUACCAGGUGCCCUUUGUUCAGGAGUUUCAGGACAUGAUCUGUUUCCUAACAGAAUUAAAAUCACUUAUUGUCACAAAAAAUUUUUUCUCCUUCAGUGGUACAGUCUGGCAUUGUCUUCCACCUGUUAAUCAGCAGAUCUAAGGACAGGAAGAGACCCCCAGUUAUUCAUGCAGAAACUGAACUGAUCACAGCUCUGGAUUCAAGAUGGUCACUGUGGCUGGAAAAGUUUCAGUUUAGAAAUAUGUACCAUUGCUCGCUCUCUGUGGUUUGGUAAGGCUUGACACUAUAAGUUAAUUACAAAAUCAAGUGGAGCAGAGGAAACCUCUAAUAUUUUUGCCUCCAUAUCUUACCCUCAAAAAUAAGGAAAGUAUUUAUGAGCUUCAGUCAAGCUACAGCCUUAAGUGAAAGAAUACAAACCCAACAACUGGCUUCAGAUGUGCCAUAGGUUAGAGAGCCCAUGCCUUCAGGCCACGUUUCAGAGCUGCUAGGAUAGACCCUGUCAUCUCACAAUAUACCGGAUGAGUAAAAACUUUACUUCACUCUUGGUGUCAAAUUUUGUCAUGCUUCGCUCUGGGACAAAAUUCCACCAACUCCGUUAUCUCUGCUCAGUCACCAAGAGCCAGGCAUCUCUCAGCUUUGAUUCAGCAUGCUUUCUUGCAUUCUUCUAACAUUUUUUCUAAGGAAAGAGCAGCACGUUUGUGACACUAUCUGGCUGUCUAGUGAGCACGUGUCAGUAUGCAUGUUGCAUUAUUAAGUUCACCAGAUUGAGGAGAGCACAAUGUUAUCAAUAAACAAGAUGGAAAAGAGCCUGGCUACUUUGAAAAUGGAUGCAUUUUUUGAGCAUACGCCAAAGCUUCAAAUGAGUGUUAGUGAGUUUGACAUUACAGACUGCUUAAAAUUUUGUGAGAAAACUUGGCUUUAAGUGAUUUUCUUUUCCUGUGUGGCUUUUGGUAGUUUUUACAAAGUUGAAAGUCUUUUUGUAAUGUUCUACUGGACAUAAGUUUAACUUUGGACAUUUAUAUCACAUGCCUCUUUAGUGUGAUUUUUAGCAUGGAAGCAAAUCUAAUUAUGCUUUUCUAGUAUUCUUGUGACAAUUUUCUAGCUUAUUUUAUGUGGGUUUUUGCAUAAAUGUGAAUUUAUUUAAAAUGUAAGCUAUUAAUUGUCUAGUUUGUGUAAAUGAAGUUCUUGAUAUUCUUAUUAAAAAUAAAUUUCUCUCUUACUCUUUUA